UCCUUUGCACUGCACACCAGCAAGAGGAGGAAACUGCAGCUGUUACUUAAAACACUGCCUUUUGAUGACCUGUUUUGCAUUUGGACACUUGUAGACCAGAUUUUUUCAGCAGAGGGGGGGGGGCGAACCUCUGGACUCGAAGAGAGAGCAAGACUCACCUGAACACACUGGUGGAUAUCUUUCCUGCAACUGUUCAGUCCAACAUACAACAAAAACUAGUUCUUAUCACCACUACACUCGCCAGCCGAGCAGAUCAAGAGCAGGCUCCUAUUUCUGCGCUGUGAAAUUGAAUCAGAGGAACGGAGAGGCAGUACAGCAGAGGCUUUGUGUCCCUGCAAUUGAAACACUAACCAGCUGAAAAUAUCAAAGACCAUCCUGGACAAAGCGUUCCUCUCAAACCCCCCCUUGUUUGUCUACAAUCUGCUGUUGAAGUAGAAAGUGAUCAAAAGCUGCACAACACUCAAGAGAGGAGGGGGAGGCUGAGGGGAUCAUACACAAGGGCAAAAGACUGUGUGCAGGUGCCGGGGCUGCCAUGGUGCGUGGAGGCGGCGUGGCAGUAGCUCCAUCCUGGUGGGGCCUGUGGGCGUUUGGCACCCUGUCGUUGGUGGCGCUGUGCUUGUCGGACCAGGCCAUCCGCUGCCCGGUGUGUUCCGAGGAGAGGCUGGCCAGCUGCCGUCUGCCGGAAGGCUGUGAGGAGACGGUGCGGGAGCCCGGCUGUGGCUGCUGCCCCACCUGUGCUCUGCCUAAAGGGGCGCACUGUGGUGUCUACUCGCCCCGAUGUGGCACCGGCCUCCGCUGCUACCCACCGCGUGGCGUGGAAAGGCCACUGCACUCGCUGAUGCACGGCCAGGGGGUGUGCACCGAUGAGAGGGAGGUGGAGGAGAACUCAGCGAUGGACAGGCAGGAUGAGAUCAUCCCCGAGCACCCAAACAACAGCAAUAUCCGGUGCAGUCCGCAAGACAAACGCUGCAUACAGAAGACCCUGGCCCGACACCCUCAGAAAUCCACAAACCAGAGAAGCAACACUGCGAGGGAGGAGACCAAGGCGGUGCUGGCUCCAUGUCGUGCUGAGCUACAGAGGGCACUGGACAGAUUGGCGUCGAAUACCCGCACGCAUGAUGAUCUCUUCACAAUCCCCAUACCCAACUGUGACAAGAAUGGAGAUUUCCACGCUAAACAGUGCCAUCCCGCACGUGACGGCCAGCGGGGAAAGUGCUGGUGUGUGGAUCAGAAGACGGGCAUGAGGCUGCCGGGGCCACUGGAACUGCGAGGGGAUCUGGACUGCCACCAGUUAAUGACAGCUACUCUUAGGGAUUGAGAAGUGUGGCAAUGGGGGUGCAGGACCAGCUGAAUUGUACUGGUGCUUAUUAGUAGAACUACACGAGGAAAGGACUUCGCCCUAAAGCCUCACUUCACCUGAGGCCAACGGUACUUGAGCUUGCGCAACAAAAAGGAAACCAUUGAAUUGAGUUCUUUUGCUAUUUUGUUUCUGUGUAUGAGAGUAUGUGAUGAGUCUUUUGAGCACUUGUCGUGUAUUGUUUCUACUAUGUGAACUUAAGACCGAUAGUCUUUAGACACGUGCUUUAAAGUAACAGGUGGCAGGAUAAAAAAAAAAACUUCCACAGAUAACAGUUGUAGUUGUGAUCAAUGUUAGAGAGCAAAAUGUUUGGUUUUCCUUAGUAUAACUUCAGCAGAAUAAUCUUGAAAAGUGACACAAAAUGCAUCAACCCUACCAAAUCAACAACUGAUCAGUCCUGAGAUAGUCAAUCUAGAGCGCUAGAUCAUCAGGACAAACCAGAAAGAGUCUCAAUCAACAGAUUGUGUAUCAGUUUUGCUUCCUCACAGUCUGUGUAAUUAAUUGCAACAGGAGGCUCUUAUUCUACUGUCCUACAGUAAAUGUUGUAACCCCACCCAUCCGGUAAGGAAUUUAAAACAGACCAUAAAAUGUGUUUGCAAACACAAAGUCUAGUCUAGCAGCAAUAAAAGAUGGAAUGAGAACAACAGAUAAAAUGAAAAAGAAACGGGUGACAAAGGAAUGCAACAACCCCCUGCCCUGAGUUACCAAAUGAUAAGCCAUAGCUUUUCAUCACAAUCAACAUUGAGACCAAAGUGAAAAGUGAGAUUAGUUUAAAAAACUGUAUCUAAGAGCCCAGAAUAGAUUUGCUUUAUCACCCCGUUGUUAACUCUGCAUCCCCCUCUCUUUGCCAACAGGCUCUUUCUAGCAUUGUGGUCCAGAAGGACUGGAAGCGAAGCUGGGCUAGAAACUCUGUAUACUGCUGAUAGGAUAAUCUUAUUUCUCCAGCUGGUGCUGAGAUGCCAGUGUGACUCUCGUGUUUAUGAAUAUGCUUCAACAUACAGGAUUUCUCUCCAAACAGACUGCUUUGCAGAACUUUGGUGGUGCUAUAUACUGAUUGUGCCAAAAUACAAAACAAAAAAAAGGCUUCUGCACUUUUUGGGCAUUGUUUUGGAUUGGAACAGAAGACUGGGAUUUUUCAGGAGCAAUUAGCAUCAGCAAGUAUGAGGAUCACCUAAAGGUGUGACCAUCUGCACUAGCUGUUGACAUAAGCUUCCCAAGUGUGUUUUCAAUGUUUCUGUCAAAAUAUGAAAGACAACAUCGUACAUUAGCUUUGCACUAUCAUUGCAGCUAAAAGGCUGUGUGUUUCAUUGGCCAGUGUUGUAAAAUCGCAGGCAUGAUGUUUGAAAUAAUAAGCAGAGUGUAAUAACCUUUAAUGAUUAAGCUACUGGCAACAUAGCAACUCUGAUCCAACAUGAAGCUCUGGUGUAGCUGUAAAGCUAACAUAAUGUUAGCACCAACAAUUAAAGGAAUGUUUUCCCAGUGCAAGUGACACAGCUACUCAUCAAAUAUUUUAGAUACUGUAGGUGAGGCUGGUGGUAGUCUUAAAACAAUUUGAGACUGCUGUUUGUCAUCACCACAUAUGGGUAGCCUGUUUUAUUUGUCUGGGACACUUUGGUUAUUAAUUGACACAAGCAAAAAUUCAUCUUGUGUGAUGGAGGGUCUUUUGCAGUUUGAGCCUGGGCUCCCUCACUCGAGAGGAGCGUUGCAAGUCCAUUCUCACAAAGAACAAGCAUCAAUGUAAACCUGAUAAACCACUGGUUUGUGGAUUGCAAUGCAAUAAUAUCAGAUAUGCUGAAAAAAAAGGAUGAAAAUGACACAGAUAUUCACAACUAUUACACAAUGGAUUUUUGGUUCUCUUUAUGUCUCUACACUCUGAUUUUACCUCAGCAUCAGUUAAGCUAUAAACAUGACUGUGUUGUGCACAACACACUGAAGGAAGGUUCAUUCAGCUCAACACAGAAAUAAGAAAACGUGCCAUUGUUAUUAUGUUGUUGUUGGGUUUUUUUUUUUACAUCUUCCAUAUUGAAUUCAAAUCUUUUUUUCUUAUUUGCAGUAAAACAUGGAUAUACAAAUAGAGUCUGAGAAAAGAAAAUUUCCUUCAUUUUGAUACCUUCCUGCAUCUUCAGGGGCUCUCUCCAGUAAUCUCAAUGCAUCCAUCUAACUGGGGACAGCUGACAUGGUCAGUCCAUUCCCAAAAUAAUUUUGACAAAUUUAGUCCCUUAGCAGCACAUCUUAAAAGCUGUUGGUUAAUUUCUGGAAAAUCAAAACAAAGUUCUCCAUUUAUUUGUACAUAUAAAAAUGUAAAAUGUGUAUUUUUAGUGCACUUUGGUCUAAUUUUGCCACAAAACUCACCAAUGAAGACUUACGAUAUAUUUCCAUAGAUGCACAUCAUGUAAAUAAUGUUUAAUCACAAUAAACAAUUUGAACAAAAUCUGAUCAAAGGUAAAUUAUUUUCUCGUCUGUGUGUUGGCCCUGUUAUUCUGUCCUAUAUAAUAUUAACUAGCUCUCAGUCAGAAUUCUUUACUUGGGUUCCCAGUUAUCAAUUAUUGUAUCUGCAGCACCUGUGAAGAAUUCAAUCUAAUCACUGAUGCCAAGGAUCAAUUUAUAACCUCUGCCGGAAACAGUGUAUUGUCAUCUGAUGACCAGUUUUACUUGUUACUAAAAAGUAUCCAAAGGAAGUUCACUAACACACAGACAGAAGGAUGGAAGAUGGUGUGGGCGGAGACUAUUUGUUAAAGUUUAAAAUAUCAAAAAAACAAAUAUCCUAAAAUCUUUCCAAAGACUGCUAGCAAAGUGGAGACAUCAGUACUACUAAGUGGACUGCAUGCACACAAAAACAGUUCCAGCAAAAUCCUAUCUUAUCAUUCAUCAACCAAUGAAGUGUUACUACACAUUCACACACAUUUCUCUGUUAAAUAGUCUUAAUCUUUGAGAGAGAGAAGGCAAAUGGUUUUGGCUUUGAUUUUGUAAAGGCCUUUUAACUGCAUAAACUGUGUAUUUAAGCUAUAGUAUGUUUCUUGAUCUCUAACUUUGCUGUACUGAACUGUAAUUGCAUUUCUGGAGAAUAGACUGUUCCUGUUUGCCUCUGAUAAUAUCUGUUAAUGUGUAGAAGAUAUGAAGUAAUGUUUGCAUGCAUAGAAAUGGUCCGGGGUUGGAAAGAGCUUAUGUCUUAUGUAUCUUGUCCACAACAGGACUGUUAUAUUAAAACACUGAAGUGAAUCAAAGAACUGAAAUAUAGAGUUUCAACCAAUGAAAUGAUCAGUUAUAUUGUAAAUGUUUACCUGAUGAAAAUGUACACAUUGUA